GAGUCUAUUAUUUCAGCAUUAGACGGUAAGAUUUUAAUAUAAAACAUAAAUUUACAAUGUAAUUAGUUCAUGUAAAACAAAUGUAUUAUUUAUAAAAACUCUAACUUUUCCAUUCUUCCGGAAAUGUUUAUUAAUUUUGAUCUCUAUCCUUUAUGAAGCAUAGAUACAUAAAUCAAAAUAUGUUUUUUUUUAAAUUAACAAUUUUUUCUUAUGUAUUAUUCAAAUAGGUUGGACAAAACCUGAGAAUUGUUUAGUAUAUGCAUAUAUUUAUUUUUGUAAGUAGAAAAACUACCUACCUAUAAACAAUAAUUUCAAUGGUAAACACAAAUUUUGAUAGUAAAUAUACUUAUGCAAUUAUUUAAUUAUUUAUUUUUGUAUAGUCAUUAUUAUUGUAUUUAAAAUACGUAUUUGAGUUUCUACCUUAUAAGUACAAAUACUUAUUAUCGUAUUACAGAUAUUUUUUGAAAAAUAUUUCAAAUAUCGUGAUUUUCAUAGACGUAAUUUAUUAAAAUAUGUAUUUGAAUACUAAAAAAUGUCAUAAAUUUGUCAGUUCUCAUUUUUUUGAAAAAAAAAAAAAAAAGCAAAAACAGGAAAAUGUACGAAAUAUAGGUGUUGUUGAGAAAUAUUUCGGCAUUUUUUUUUUCUCAUGAUAAACUUUUCUACAGGCAUUUUUCUCCAAUUUUUCGAUCAUUGUUUGAUUUUCCCAGGAAUAUUCUCAACAAAUAUGAAAAACCGGGAAAAACAGGGGAAAACCGUACUUUAAUAGGACAUAUAUAUUGUUAGCGAAGCACCACUUCAACCCGCUCAGAAUUGAUUUUUCGUUAGCAAUGGUUUAUCGUUGCUUACAGGUAUACAUUAAAUUACCUAUAAUAGUGACUACACCCAUCUCAAUUAUCGUGGGAUAGCUUUUUUAUUUUGUUACCUACGCACGUGGAACGUCAAUUUUUAAAAAUGAAUAAAUCUUCACAACCCAAUUUAUCAUCUUGAAUUUCUACUGAACCAAAAUCAAAAAACGAAAAAUUGAUAUCAUAACAAUUUUAAGUUCUAAUUAUCACAGAGAAGUUAAUGGACAGUGCAAUAAGUUAGUAACGUUUUACUCUGUCAGUAUGCUUGAUGUUAGAAAAUGUGUAAAUAUUAGUAUUAGUGAUUUGAGUAUCAAAGAACAAUUAUUAAACAACUUUUGGUGAAUCAAAUUUUGAUUUUUUUUUUAUAUUACUCACAAAGAUGAGGACUACAAUUUUUUUUUUUUAUUAUUAUUAUUUCGGAAAUUUUUAAGACAGCCAUUCUAUAGAGUUUAUUUUUCUGUAAACUUUAAUGUAUCACACAUUUAUAUCCAAUACAUAGUUUCUAUGUUUCAGCCAUUUUAAAUUCUAACGUGAAAACCAAUGUUAUCUAGUGAAUAACAUAAUCACGUUACGCGAUAAUGCGUAAAUAAUUAAUGGUUUAUAAUAAUAAUUAGCAAAUUAUAGUUUUAAUUUUAUUAUAUUUUAGCAGUCGAUAUUCCUGAAAAAUCUACGGAAUAUAAUGCUGUUUAUUCAGGUUAGUAUAUUAUUUUAUUAUAUAUUUUGAAAAAAUAAUAUUUAAUCUUAUCUAAAUCAAUAUACUAAGUCAUUAUUCAUUCGUAUAUUCUGUAUAUAAUGUUUUUAAAUGUUUUUUAGUGCUUAAAUAUUUAACUUGUAUACUGAAGUACAAUAAAUUAUGAUUAAAGUAGAAAUAUAAGGUAAUGUAGUUACCGAAAUUUAAAAAAAAAAAUGUCAUGUUCAUAAUUUAAAUUAUAAUUUUAUAAUUUCAUAUUUUAUUGAGCUUAUUAGGGUUUUAAAGUUUACCAUCAAAAAACUUAUUUAUACUCUGCCCCUCAUCUCCAAAAAAAAAUCUUUUGCUGACUACAACCUUGCAGCCCAUUUAAUUUAAUGCAAUAAUCCGUCUUGAAAUUGGUUUUAAAAACUUGAUUGAAAUUAUACAUAACACAGCAAGAGUAUGUUAUGCGUAAAUAAUUAAUGAUAUUUAGUAAUAAUUAGCAAAUUAUAGUUUUAAUUUUAUUAUAUUUCAGUAGUCGAUAUUCCUGAAAAAUCUACGGAAUCUAAUGCUGUUUAUUCAGGUUAGUAUAUUAUUUUAUUAUAUAUUUUAAAAAAAAUAAUGUUUCACGGUUAUUUAAUCUUAUCUGAAUCAAUAUACUAAGUCAUUAUUCAUUUAUAUAUUCUGUAUAUAAUGUUUUUAAAUGUAUUUUAGUGCUUAAAUAUUUAACUUGUAUACUGAAGUACAAUAAAUUAUGAUUAAAGUAGAAAUAAAAGGUAAUGUAAUUACCGAAAUUAAAAAUAAAAAUGCCAUGUUCAUAAUUUAAAUUAUAAUUUUAUAAUUUCAUAUUUUAUUGAGCUUAUUAAGGUUUUAAAGUUUACCAUCAAAAAACUUAUUUAUACUCUGCCCCCCAUCUCCAAAAAAAAAAAUCUUUUGCUAGCUACAGCCUUACAGCCCAUUUAAUUUAAUGCAAUAAACCAUCUAGAAAUUAGAUUUAAAAACUCGAUUGAAAUAAUAUAUAACACAGCAAGAGUAUAUUAUGCGUAAAUAAUUAUAGGUUUUAAACCAAUAAUUAGAAGAUUACAGUUUCAAUUGUAUUAUGUUUCAGCAGUCGAUGACGAAAUUGCGAAGAAAUCUGAUAGUCUUAUUAUUACAGGUUAAUGUAUAUUUUGAGAAAAAAUGUUUCAAUGUUAUUUAACUUUAUCUAUUCAAUACAUUAAGUUAUUAUUCAUUCAUAUGUGUAUAUAUUCAAUAAUGUUAUUAUUAAUUAUACAAUAUGCAUGUUAUAUUUUUAAUUAGUUUUAUCAAAAGCCAGACAAAAUAUCUUCAAAGAUUCGAGUAAGUAAUAAAAAUAAUAAAAAUAGUUAAAUUAUAUAUUUAUGAAAUUAAAUAUUAGAUUUUGAACGAAGCGGAGAAUUUAUUUAUUUUGCAAAUCUGUGUCAUAUUUUUUUUUAAUAUCUAAUGAUACUUAUUUAUUACUAAAUAACUUUCCAAGUAGAAUAAUUCAAAUUUUAUUUUAUAGCGAACGAUAAUAAAACGAGUAAGUUAAUUAUCCCCUAAAGCCCUAACAUAAAAAUGUAAUUUAAAUAGCCUAUCCAUUUCUUUAUUAUCUAUUCUGGAACUAAACCGUCAAUCGUGUAAUUAAAGUGUGAUUUGUAAAUUGAUAUUUGAACCAACAACCCGCCCAGUUUGUUGACCAUUGUUAAAUUAUAUAAAUAUACAAAAUAAAACUUGACAUAUUAAUAUAAUAUCUAAUAUGUAAUUUAAAUAAAAUAAUAUGUAUAUUGAAAAUAUUUUUUUUAGAUUUUCCGAAAAUGUAUAUUGAUUAUUUAUAUAGCAAUGUCAACACAGGUAUGUGACUUCAUUAUUCAAAAACAAAAAUGUUAAAUGAUUAUAAACAAAUUCAAUAAUUUAAGUUUAACUAUACAUUAUUAUUUAUGGCAUUUGUUAUUUGUAAUGCAAUUGCUCAGUACUCAAAUUGAGGGGGGGACACAGAGGGACAGAGUACCUCAAAUAAUUUUUCAGAAAUGUAAGCGUACCUUUGCUAUUUGUUUUAAGUGAAACGCAUAGAACGCAGUGGAAGAUAUAAGGUACUAUGUCUGGAAAGAGCUGUAUAUAAGAGACUAUACCUAUAAAAGUAUUCAGUGAAUUUUUUGGCCUCUACGAUUAUUUUUCAUUGAAUAAACAAAUUAGAAUAAAACAGAAGUUAUAAAUGUAACAGUUACACGUUUUCCCAACGUUUUUUUCUAGGAGUUUCCUUAUAAUAAGAAUACUAUAAAGAAAAUCAAAAAAAAAACCUCCUUAUUGCACUAACCGAACAACAAUUUUUACUAGAAACCAUCACCUCUAAAGUUGAUAAUUAGAGCAAGAUUUCUUGUAGAAUAGUUGUUCACAUACAGAAAAAGAACAAACACAUCAUCAUAAUAGAAAUAUAGAGUAGUUACCAACAUAUUGGAAUCUAAAAUAAAUAAUAUCUACUAUAGUAGGAAAUAGGUACUAUGUAAACAAAGUUAGCCUACAGUAAGUAGUGUCUGUUUUCGGAAAUUAUGAAUUACUGAAUUAUGUUUGGAAUCGGUGUGGGAGAUGUGGAGGGCUAAGCCUCCCACGGGUUAAGUUGAGUUCAAUAAUUGCAAGGGAAGGUAAUUAUUUUAUGUCUUAUGACUAUAAGUCCCUCUUCUUGUAUUUUAUCAAUUGGAUUACUGAUAAUAAUAAUAAAAAUAUGUUUAAUCAAAAAUUCGUAACAAAGAAAAAAAACGAACAUUUCAUUUUAAUGACAGAAAAAGUACCAUCACCAGCUGAAUUUUGUACAAAAUUAUCACGUGAGUAAUAAUGCAAAACAAUGUUUAAAAUUGACAAUAUCCGUCUCUACACACAAUUUACAUAAAAAAAAACAAUAAAGAUUUAUUUUAUUAUUAGUAAUAUUAUUUUAUUGUUUUAUAACAUAGUACACAGAGCACACGCAAGUAUUGUGUAUACAGACUGUAAGAUUUAAAUUAAUAAAAUAUAACUAAUAUUUAUUAUCAUUUACUCAACAAAUGGUAAAAAUUCAGUGUCGACCUGGACAUGGUCGUUAGGACGUAAACGUUGCCGUGAUCUCUAGUUGUAUUGACGUCUGGGAGCAUCUCAGGCCCAGAGAUUUGUAAAAUAAUGUCACUCUUUUGUGUACAGAUAAAAUAUACAGAGUAUUGUUUAGGUUUUAAUUGACUAUUGUAGACUGUAGUCAAAUUAUAUAUACCAGUAAAUUUAUACAUAAAAUUUGAAUGCCAUUGAAAAUCAUAUUUAUAAAUAAAACAAUGUAAUAAUGUGAAUAAGGGGGUACAAAGAAACUGAAUGUAUACCAACUAAUCACUUAGAUUACUUAUUACAGCCUACGACGGUAGGAAACAAUUGAUAUAAAAUAUAAACUAUGAAGGGUGACUAUAAUGUACUUACCUAUCCUGAACGGAGUAUCCUCAACAACAAUGUUGAUUUUGAAUACAGAUGUAAUUAUAUUUAUUUAUUAUGUUGGUGAGAAUAGGUAGUAGAAAUGAUAAAAUAAACACUUGAUUUAGUUAAAAAUGAUGAUGUCGGAAUAUUAGAAGCCGGAACAACACGCAUUCGCGGGAAGGCGAAAAAGAUGACCAGUCGCCAAGGCAGGAUCCGGUGGCCGAAUGAAUAGAAGAGUCUUUUAUGAGAAAGAAGGGGGAAAAGAGUAGAGUGGUGUCAUUCGGUUCUCAUUAUCAUGUCUUAUUAUUAUGUUGAAAUAUUUAAUUGUUAUAUAUACUAUUUUGCAUUAAUCUAAAUUAACUUAUAAACUGAUAAAAUAAAGUGGUGUCCACUAUAAUAAAAUGUAGUGUAGAUAAUAUUAAUAUUAUAUAAUAUUAUAUUAUGAUAUAACUAGUUGAUCAAUAUAAAAAUUAUGAUACAUACCAUAUUGUAUAUAUCUUUAUAACAAUAUAACGUUCUAUAAAUAAAGCUAUAAAUAAAUAUGGCUAGUAUAAUGGUAGUUAUAUAUUGUCUACCCACGUCACCGCGAAAUUAAAUAGUAUUUUUUCGAAAUAUUACCUACUGAUGGAGCGACGGACACAAAUUUCAGAACGGGAGACUAUAAUUUGUCCGAAAAUAUUCGCGAUGAUCUUCAAGGUUAUGGCUUAAUUCAUGGGGCAUUAAACCUACUUAAAAAAAAUUCCCAGUAGGUCACAUUUAGCGUGCCAGGGCGACACUGGGUAUAAUUGUUCAGUUUUAUUAAAAUUAAUAUAUUUCUGUUCUUAUGCAUAUAGUUUGUAAAAGUAAGUGCAUUCAAAAUGUAAUUUAUUAUCUAUUUUACAUUUUCAAAAAAAAUAAAUAUACCUAUAUACAUUUGUUAUAUAUUACAUUUAUAUAACAUUAUUUAUUAAAUCAAAUUUAUAAUUUGAAUGUCCCCAAUUAAUAUUAGAAACACUUAACGAAAGAGGAUUUAACCGUAAGUAUUUUAUUUUCAAAAUCUAUGUAAAACAAUCAUGUUGUGUAAUGAAUAUCGGAUAUAAUAAAAUAUAUAACCUAUACAAUUAGAUAUUUUAUCAAAUAUUUAUAUGGACUUAAAAGAUUGUAAAUACGCUUUUUAGAAAAGUGGGGUGUUCAAGCUUUUGAAUUUGCACUGUAUCAUUGGGGUACGUAAAAUAUUAAUAAUCAAUAUUAAAAAAUAAUAAUUUAUUUUUUAAAAAUUUUAAUUUACAAUUUUGGAUUCUAAAAGUAUAGCGAAAUAUACUGGUUUAACUAAGAUGUAUGUGUUUAUUUUUCUGUCUGUAAACAACUUUUAGAGAAGUAAGAAAAUCUUAUUUUCCAACCAAUUUUCAUAAUAAUUGUGAAAAUGUGUAAAAAAAACUUAGGAAAUAUGGUAAAAUGUAGAAUAAUAAUGCUUUUAUUAUUUUCAAUUUUGUUUUUAAUUUAGUUCAGUAUAUUUAAUACCAGUUAUAUUUAUAGUACACUAUAUUGCUAUAUUUUUAAUAUAUCAACUUGAUAUUUUGACAAAACACCGAUAUUUGCUUUAUCUAGACAUAGUAAAAUGUUCAAAAUAUUUGAUCCAUUUUUGAGAUAAUAAUAGACAUUUUAAUUUUGCAAGUCCUGUACGUAAUUUUUUUCGGUAGGUACUCUGUAGAUAAAAUUAUGAGACUAAACAGAAAUGCUUGAAAAUUUAACAAGAAGUUCCCUAAAUUUCGUACUCUGUGGUAAAAAAUUUGAGCAUUAUGUAUUAUUUUUUUUUUUAUAUAAAGGAAUUGGUAUAUCUAAUUUCGACGAAAAUCGUAAAUAUACAGCCUUUCAAAACAUGUAUAAAUGAACUUCGCUCCGGUUUAUCGUUGAUUACAGGUAUAAAUUAAAUAACUUUAUGUAUACCAUCUUUCCAACUAUCCACUUACAACAUUGGCCGCACCCGUUCCCAAUAUCAGUUCUUUUUUUGUUAUACACUCAAAAUGACUUAAUUAAAAAAAAUUUUAUUUCGAAAAUUAAACCACUAAUUUUAUCGAGAAAUUUUAUACAGUUUCAAAAAAAAUUGUACAUGUUCCGACUGAUUUUUGGCCACUUUACGAUAUGUGGUUUCAUAGUGUAAACUACGGUAAAGUAGGAGCAAGUAAUAUGAAUUAUUAUUAUCCGAAUAAAUAAAAUAAUAUUCAUCGGAUUAUUGUUACUGUAAUUUUAUUAUUUUCGCUGGCGCAAAAACUGUGAUUUGUUGGAGAGCUUUGUAAUUUUUUUAAAAUCGAUUUUAUUUAUAUUUGAAAUUUGAACUUUUUCAUGAACGAUCAUAAUAAAUCAGUAAAAAAAAAUUAAAAUCACAAAUUUUGUUCUAGUGUUUAGUUUGGUCCCAAAACCAUAUUUCUACAGUAGAUUUUUGUUUCUACCUCUUCAUAGUUAGUAAUUUAUUAUAUAUAUAGUAGAUAAGAUAACCCAAUAGCUAAUGAUAGUGAUACAAUAAAUAAUAACUAUAUAAAUAUAUAAAUCAAUACAUUUAUAUUAUAACCAUAAUACCAUAUGUCAAAUAAAGGAUAACAUUUGUUUAUGGUCCUAUGAUAAAUUAUACAUAAUUUUAAUUGUAGAUUCUAAAUAGAGCGAAGAAGCUUAUGGUUUUACAAUUGUUUUAUCUGUGGACAACUUUUAUACCAAAUAUCUUGAUCCGAUGUAUACGAUGCAGCAACUUUUCCAAAAAAAAAUUUUGUUUGGAAGGUAUUUUAAAGGGGUCAUUUUUUCGAUUUUCUCUAGAGUUUUCCAAGCAAAUGUGCAAAAUUGGGAAAAAACAUAAGAAUAUCAGUACAAUAAUAAAAAAAUAUUAUUAAAGAAAAUGCCUAUUUAAUUAUUUUACCACAAUAUGACAUAAAUAUUGUUGACAAAGCAUCACUAUCAACUGAACUCCGCUCAGAAUCGUUUUUCGUUAGCAAUGAUCUAUCGUUGCUUACGUGCAGAACAUAUACCUAAAAGUUCACAAAAAAAUUAAAGUCCAAGGGGGGCGAACCCCCCUAAAAACUGCUACUGUCUAGACGUAGUUGGUAAUUUUGUAAAAUGUUCGCACUUUUACAUUUAAUAAAACAACUUAUUUAAAUUGCGUUACAAAUUAUUUUAAUUUAAUUUAUAGUAUACAAUUCAAAACAUGAUGAUAAAUACAGUAAGUAAAUUAUUUUCUCGGUUUUAAUAAUAAAUAUGCAAGCCCAGUGUAAAUUAUUCUUUACUUGUUCGUAUAAUUUUAUCUUGUUACGCCAUAUUAGGGAAGAUGUAGUACCUAAUUUAAGCUUAGGAGAUUUAAAUUUAUCCUGUGUUUUUCAGAAAAUGCAGAGCAAUCAAAAAUAAAAUUUAAAUCCAAGCGCGGGCUUGUGGUAUAAUUAAAAAAGACAAUGAUUGCUUUAUAACUGCAGAAGAAAUUAUUAUAGUCGAAUAAUUUCGGAGCCGUUUCGAUAAACUGUUGAAUACUUACGUUAGUAGCAACUCUCGGUAAGGUUUAAUGACCACACCACUUACUGUUUUGGGUAACCAGAACUACCACAACCAGAAUACGAAGAAAUAGCACAUAUCAUUAAAUAUUUAAAAAACAACAAGACUUCUGGAGAAGAUAAUAUCAAUGCUGAACCGGCUAAAUUAUAGCACAAAAAUAAGUAUCUAGAAUAUGGCUAUUGAUCAAAGAAAUAUGAAAUAAGGGGAAAAUCCCCAGUGUUUGGAAAAUCGUUAUCAUAUAAAAAUGAAAACCCGAUGAUUACAACUAACUAUAGAGGAAUUUCACUAUUAGACACCUGUUAUAAAGUUUUGACGAUAACAAUAUUACGAACGUUGAAAGUCUUUACUAACGAAAUAAUUAGUGACUACCACAGUGAUUUUCUGAGUUUUUUACCACUUAUUUAAUCUUCAUUGUUAGGCAACUCAAGUAUGGUAGAGAAUUGUAUCUAUACUUUGUAGACUUUCAGCACGAAAGCACUAGAAGAGAAAAACUAUGGACAGUAUUGGAAGAAUAAAGCAUACUAGCCUAGUUCACUGAUUAGACAAUGUAACAUGAAACGAACUAAAAGUAAAAUUUGCGAGAGAAUUUUCUGUGUAUGAAGAGCAACCUUAACGCGGCGGUACACAGUGGUCUGAAAUGAAUAUUUAGCUUAGAUAAAAUUAAUUCCUCUUAAAUUUGACUUCAAAAAUUCAUACAAUAAAUCAAUUCUAGAUUUAUAAAAAUUCUAAAAUUUAUGAAUACGCGGAAUCAAAAUUUUUGGUCAGUUUUGAAGUUAGCCCCUUUAAUUAGGGGUUAAAGAAGGGGAUGUUUUUUAAGUUUCAUAAAACUUACAUAUUUCACAUCAAAGUAUAUGUUUAGAAGGAUGCUGAAACCAAAUUUGGUAUCAAUUUUGAAAUUUUCAACUCCUAAUUAGGAAUAUUAAAUGCAGAGCCUAUACUUGACGGUUGAAUAAGUGUAGGUAGUAUACAUUUAAGAAUCCAUUUUGAAUUUAAUAACUUAUAAAAUAUACUUUUUAUUAUUCUGAAUCAUUAUCAUAUAUUCGAAUAAUAUUAAGAAUCGGAAUCAGUAUUAGAAUCGGCUGUUGGUUAUAAUUCCCGCUAAAAUUCGUAAGUGGAAUUUCCGGGAGACGCGACACCAACUUGGCGGAUCGGGACUCUUCUCCCGAUUUAUGGUCAUGGUCGCCAAACCGCGGCUGCCGCCUUUGCGGUGUUCGCCAUGUUAAACGCCUGGACCGGCAGGUCUGGAGUGUAAUCACCGAGCGGGUCUAAUAGAUCGCUCAGCACCGCGUCGUCUUCCAACUGAAAUUGGGACCGAAACCCAUCUAAUGUGUUAACGCCUUGCAUAAUACUUUCGAUGAGACCGGCAUCUGAUCCGACGCAUAGUGCUAACGUAUAUGUGGCCCGGAUUCGGGCGAUGACAACGAAAUGCUUCAUUGUUGCACUGACAACGGCCCGCUGGAUACGAUCGACUUCCUGUGGCGACCUGGUAUUGGCCAUGCUGGACAAUGGUAAUGCGCCUAAAAGGAACGUCUAUAAAUGGAACACGAGCCAAUCACUAUUAGCUUACACACCAGCCUAAUCAAAUGUAUAUACGAACGUAUUGGGAUUUCCAUCGCCUUUAAAAUAAUAGUUUGUAAACCUGUACAACUGUGCAUCUAAGCCCUUCUACUUUAUCAGGUUUAUCAUUCUCUAUCACUUAGAUAAAAAUUUUACUAAGAAAAAUUAAAUAUAGUAAUCCAAAAUAUUCCAUUCUAUAAAAUAUAGGUGAAGUAUGGACAUAUUUUUUCCAUAUGAUAUCUGUCGUUGUUUUCGGUAUGUAUCUAUAUUAUUGAUAUAUUGAUAUUAUUGAUAAAUGUAAUAAAAUCGCCACAUUCCAGUAAAAUAUAUAAUAAUAUUAUAAUGUAUGUAUAACCUAAUAUAAAUAUAAUGAAUGUGAUUACGGGUUCAUGGGCAUAUAAUGGAGGAAACCAGAUUGCUUAAACGGUCUGUUUUUCAAUAUUUUCAUCUUAUACUUUAAAAUAUGUUUUUAAAAAGGUAAAUAAUUACAUAACUCAUUUUUACUAACUUUUAUAUUUCAUUUUUUAAACUCAUAAUGAAUGAAAAAUAAGAGUUCAAUGAGAUCUGUAAGAUAGUUUUGCUUAUCAAUUAAAAAAAGGACAUACAUCGCACGGGGUUAGACCACUGUUUUUGGUGAGAAGUUAGGAAGAUUUAAUGUAUAUUUCUAUAUGAAACAAUUAACCGUUUCUAACGAAAAACUAUUCUGAGCGGAGUUCAGUUGAUAGUCUUGCUUUGUCAACAAUAUAUAUAUCAUAUUAUGGUAGAAUAAUUACAUAUUUUCUUUAAUAAUAUUUGUUUAAUAUUGUAUCUAAUUUCCCGUUUUUUCUACGUUAUUCCUGAUUUUACCCAAUUUUUUUCCUAUUUAUUGGGAAACUCAUAAGAAAAAUAAUGUUAAAAAAAAUCAAAGUCAAAAAAAUUACCCCUUUAAAGUACCAUCCCAAUCAGAUUUCCUUACAGAAAAAAAUCUACACUUGUAAAUCGAAGCUUCCUGAAGAAGUUUUCUGAUUCAAAAGUUGUUUACAGAUAAACAAAAAAAAAAACAUCUUUAUAAAACCAAUGCAUUCCUCGUUCCGCUCAGAAUCUGAAAUGGUAGGAAAAUAUUAUGUUGACAAUAAAUUAAGUAUUCCACCGUAAAGUGAUUUUUGUUAGUAAAAACGGUCAUACCACUUCCCUAAAUGGGUAUCAGAUAGUAAAUUAUUAGAAAAGACACAGACUAUUCUUAAAAUAGCCAUUUAAAUAUUAAAAAUUAUUUUAGAAUGUUUCAUAAUCGUGGAAAAUUUGGAAAACCAGCUACGUGACACUUAAUAUUAGAGAAAUAGUGUUAAAUAGUAAUAAUUCCAGAUUCACGUGUGAAUAAUAUAAAAGGAAUAUAAUCUAUUACUUUAUCAACAAUUGUGAUAGUUGUUUAAAUAAUAUACAUAUAUAAAUAAUUGUAUAAAACGAAAGUUUUAUAAGUUUAAAACUAAAAUCUAAAAACACAAAUCUAAAUUAAUGUCCUGUUUUUAUUAGAUUUAAACCAGAGAUUAGCUUCACCUUCAGAAUGGUGUGGAGGUUAGUUUUUUAUAUAAAUAAAAUAUUUAAUUAAAUUUUAUUUUAGAAAAACAACGGAUUUCUUAUCUAUAUUUUAAUUAUUUUAUUUUAUUUUUACUAAACAAGUGAUCGAUUUAUUUAAAUUCAAAUGUACAUGUUUGAUAUAUUCUGCUCUGAAAUUUUUAAAUUUACCUAACCUACCUACUCAAAAAAUGUGAUUUAAUUAAAUAUUUAACAUAAAUAAAUUAAGAAAAAUAUUAUUUCAUAGAUAACAAAAUGAAAAACAUUCGUCCAACAUCUAUUGAAUUUUGCCAAGGUAAGUUUAUAUAAUAUAAUAGAUAAAUACAUCACACGUCUGAAAAAUUUAGUAGUGCCUAUACUUCCUAAUGUGAACACUCUACAAGCUGUCCUACAAAGCAGGGCCUAAAAAACUGUGUCCCCUGAAUUAAAAAUGUGUGUCCGAAAUUUAAGAACGUAUUUUAGUUUUUAUUGUAUAAAUAAUAAACAUAUUUUAAUUUGAACACAAAUGUAUUACAAUUUUUUAUUUUAAUAUAAAUUUAUAACAAUUUCCUCGUUGUUUAUUUUAUAUAAAUACCAUAAACUUUAACCACGAUCACGGUUAUAGAUAUAAUAUAUACAUGAACUUGUUGUAUUUAGGUAUUUUGUAUGGCGUAAAUGCAGUUCCCAAAUUUCCCAAGUUUAGUUCCCAAAUUCUUUUGGAAUUUUUUUUUUUCAAAAUUUAUAUUUUUAAAGUUUUUUAGUUUAAUGACACUUCCAAAAAAAGUUGCUCAAAACUUCAUUUGGAAGUUAUGGUCAAAAAACUUCAAAAUGCUCUAUUUUUCUAAAAAUCGUGUUUUUGAAUUUAAAACACCAACAAUUUAUAUUUUCUGUAAUUUUUUUUUCUUUUAGAAAUGGUAAUAAUUAUACGCUUAACAUCUUGGUAAAAUUCAGUAUUCACCUAUUGAACUUAAUUUUUAUUUUAUUGUUUAUAAACUACGUAAAACUUAAUUAUAAUGUUAUUUCAAUCAUUUGCAUAUUAAAAUAAAUUAAAAUUGAUUUUUCGGACUUUUUCAUUUGGUGUGUAAUAACAUAAAGAAGUUGUUGGUGAAACUAAUAUUUUUUCAAUAUUUUUGAGCUAUUUGAACGAAAACGCCAAGGGGCUGUUUCUUUGGAAAUAAUUGAAAAAUUGUAGUCUUGGACGCUAAUUGCCAAACAUAACACAUUAAAAUGCGUCAUAGACAUCCUUUCAAAGUCUCAAGUUAUGUUUGAAAUCUAAUUGCAUUAACGGAUAUACAUGGAGAUGUCGAGAUUAAUCCGAGAAUUCACAUCAAAAGAAGUAAGUAAGAAAAAUAAAAUAGUGUUAAAUAAACUAUAUUUUUCCAAAUGUAAAAUGUGAUGUUUAUGUAUCCAUAAAAAAGAUACAUUUUUCCACUAUUUUUUCCAUACAAAAAUAAUUUAGUUAGUUAAUUCUAAUUUCAUCAAAAACUUCUUUAUAUUAAGUCCAAAUAUCAAUUUUGAUUUACUUUAAUAUGCAAAAGAUUUAAAUAACAUUAUAAUUAAGUUUUACGUGGUUUUUUUAACAAUCACAUAAAAAUUAAGUACGAUAGGUGAAUUCUGCUUUCACCAAAAUGUUAAGCAUAUAAUUGUUAUCAUUUCUAAAUGAAAAAAAAAAUCCAGAAAAUAUAUAUUUUUGGUAUUUUAAACUUAAAAACAUAGUUUUUAGAAAACAUGGAGCAUUUUAAAGUUUUUGACCAUAACUUACAAAUGAAGUUUGAACGUUUUUUUUCCAAACAAAUUAAGACAAAUUUGUCAAAUCAAAUAAAACAUGUAAAAACACACAUUUUGGAAAAAAAUCGCUUGGGAGCUUAACUUUAUUCGUUCUGUUUGUGUAUUUUAAGUCCAAACGUCAUAUAAAUAAUAUCAAUAAAUAAGGCAAGUGGUUAUAAAAGGAGGUAGAAUUUUUGGCGCUAUAACCCCACUAGUUUUUUUUUUGUAUGGGAAUCUGUUAAAGGUAACAAUUGAAUUAAAAAGUGUAUUCCCUGAAAUCAGAUGUAUUUUGGGCCCUGCCAUGGAGAUAUAUCCAUUGUAAUAUCUUUGGAAAUAAUAAAAAUAAUCAAAUUCUAUUUAUAUAUAUAUAUAUAUAUAUAUUAUUCACAGGGAUAUAAGGACUACAAAUAUUUAUAUUUUAAUUGAUUUUUAUGUUUUGGUAAAAAUUAAAAAUAAUAACUAUUAAUUUUAUUGUUUUUAAACAAAUUUGAAGAUCUUAUAAAGUUUAUUUUAUUAAAAAUUUUGUAGUAAAAACUUUUUAUUUUCAUUAAAUCCGUGAUUUUUAAUUGAUUUUUUAAAAAAUUUUACAAAUUUCAGAAAAAAAAGUGUACAUUCGAUAAGUUAUGAUAAUAAUAACCAAUUAGCAAAUACAAAUUCGAUUACAGCCUGCAGUAUAAUUUAGUUUCUUUUUUUGAAUUUAAUGAAAAUAAAAGUUAAAACCUCACAAUGUACAGAAAAAUAAACUCUAAAAAAUGGCUAUCUUCAAAUUUUUCAAAAAUAAAAUAAAAAGUUAUUGUUUUAAGUUUUUUACUGAAACAUACAAAUUUAAGUAAUUCAAACGUAAAUAUUUUUACUUUUUAUCCUUGCGAACAAUAUAAAAAACAGAAUUUAUUAUCUUUAUUAUCUCAGGUAAGAUUUGAAUAAAUAUUUCCUCGUAGGAUACUGUAUAAUAUUGUAAACCACAUAUUGAAUUUAAUAUACCAACCUUUAGUUAAAUUAUAUUAAUUUUAUUGACAAACUAUUCAACAGAACAAUUAACAAUGGAUUUUGGUGGUGAAUUUUUUAAUUUUAAUUUUAAUUUUAUUUUAUUUAAUCUAACAAAGAAUACAAAUUAUUUAAACAGCUGGUAACUAAAAGUGAUUUUUAAUAACGUAUACAGAUAGCAAUUCUAUAUUUUAAACCGCUUAUAAAUGCUUGUAAAUGCAAUAUAUUUUCAAUAUAUUUUUUUUUUUUAAUAGGUUACGUUACCCCUUUGAAUUGUGCAAAAUUUGCUUUCCUCAAUUUAUGUAAGAAAAAUAAUUAAUGAUAAUACCUAUGAAUAUAAAUAUAUAAUAAUAUAAUAAUUGUUUAUUAUUUGUAUUUAAUGAAAUCAUUAAAAUACUUUAAAUUAAGUUCAAAUUAAUUGUAUAAAAUAUUCUACUUAAAACAUAAAUAAAUAAACAUAAAUCAUUUAAUGCGAGUAGUCUCAAUAGAUAUAUGUUAAUGGUAAUCAAUAGUUAUAAUGAUCAUACAGGUAAAAAUGCCUAACCACCCAUUGCAAUAUCUCCUAAGAAAAUAAAAAUAAUCAAAUACAUGUAUUUUUCAUAUUACUUUCAGGGAUAAGAUCAACAUAAAUUGAUAUUUGAAUUAAAUUUGUAGUUAAAGUAAAAUAGCUAAUUUAUAGAGUUUAUUCUUCUGAAAAUUAAGACAUCAAAUUUUUAUUUUCAUUAAAUUCGUAACUUGUAAUCAUUUUUUAAGUUCAGAAAAAAAAAUGUAUUGCCAAUUAGCCAUGAUAAUAAUAAAUAAUAAUCAAUUAGCGCAUGUGAUUACGGCCUACAUAUUAUAUAUAUCAUUAUUAUAAUUAUAGGUACCUACUUAUUAAAACUAGGUAAUGCAUUUAAUGAAAUUAAAAAUUGAUAAGUAAACAUUUUCAGACGAAUAAACUUCAAAUUUUUCAAAAAUAAUAAAAAAAGAUUUUUUUAAAUUUUUUACCCAAACAUAAAAAAAUAAAUGCAGUAUGAAUAUUUGUAGUAUUUAUACCUGUUGAUAAUAUAUAAAACACUGAAAUGAUUAUUUUUAUUAUCUCCGAAGAAAUUACAAUAGGUAUAUAUUUAUGGAACACUCUGUAGAAGUAUGAGUUGGGAUGAAAAUGUAUUAAAUUAUUCGAGGGCGAGAGAAUAUAUUCGAUAUGCUUCAGCACUAAUUUUGUUACAAUCAUAUAACAUAUUUAUUAUUUUUUUAUUUCUUUGUGAAUACUUUUAUAAUAACAUAUCAACUUUUUAUAUGCAAAAUAUUUUGUAAGUAAAUUAUGUUUACUAAUAAUCAUACACAGGUUGUUGAUUGUCAAAAUCACAAAAGAGGUUUAGAUGGAUUUCGGUAGUUAUCGCGAAAUUGACUUUAAAAUAGACACUAUAAAAGUCUUAACUCUCAGGGAUAUAAUGAAAAUUAUGUUUUUAAAAAUCAUGAAUAUUUCGUGCAUACGCAAAUUAGCUCAGAUAACGUGUAAUUGUCGACAAUGCAUCUUCGAUCAUACCUACACAGUACCUAUAUACAUAUUGAGGUAUAAUUAAUAUUUUUCAGUAUAUAAAAAAAAUCAAUCGUCAUUAGUAAUACUUUCUAAUUAAAUUUAAAAAUAACCAAUAUACUGCAUAAUUCAAUAGAACUUAUCAUCGUAAUAUUAAGAUAAUAUGAUAUUUACCAUUGAUACGGCCACCUACGGUACAAGAAAUAUACGUUAUAUAAAAUAAUGUGUAUUUAUAACUUUCAUACUUAAAUAUAAAAUUAAUCGACUAUAUUAUAUAUUAUAGCGUUUAAUGAACUGAAGGGUUAGUUUAUUUUUAUAAAACUAUUAUUCAUUAUGAAAUAUAUAAUAUUUAAAAUAUGAAUUAUUUGAAAAUACGCUUAUAUUAUGUUUAUUAUUUUUAGAUAUUUCAAAAAAAUAUGCAACUUAUCUUUUCAAUUACAUAGAAAAAAGUACGUUCUAUUUAAGUAUAGCAUAAGCUAUUUUAUGUUGUCCAUGUUUGUGUAUCUUUCUGCUUUCUGCACUUCAUUUCUAUCUUUCAUACGGUUGCGAACAUUGUAAUACUAUUUUUACAAACGAUUAGCUGGUUCUAAAGAAGGUCCUCAUUGAUUUUCAAACCAAUCGGUGAAAAAUUAAAGUUAUUUUAUUCAUUGGGAAAUUACACUACUUCGAUACUCCGGCUUAUACUAACUAAUAUAGUAAUAAUAGUGUAUUUGUAUUUUUAUAUUGUUAAACUCACAAUUGCUCCGAUUUUUACGUGUAAAAAUGUUUCCAAAAGGAAAUUUCACUAGAGAGAUACGUUAGAGAGGCCAUUUUUGGAUUUUCCUCGGAGUUUUCUCAGCAAAUGUAAAAAGCUAAGAAAAACAUAGAAAAACUGAAAAAAACGUAGGAAAUCGGUUAAACAUUAAACAAAUAUUAUUAAAGAAAAAUGAAGGUAAUAUUUGUUUAACUAAUACCUACAUUUCUUAUAUUUUCCCGUUUUUCCUCAGUUUUAUUUAUCGUUUUUCAAAUUUGAUGAGAAAACUCUUAAACAAAUCGAAAAGUGACAUCCAUAAAGUACCUCCCCACACUGAUUUCCUUUUAAAAAAGGUGCUUCACUUAAAAACAUCGGAGCAAGAUUUCUGGUAGAAAAAUUGCGCAGAUAAAAAAAUAAACAUCUUUGUAAAACCAUAAAAUUUUUACUCCUCUCAGAAUCUAAUAUAUUACAGUCUUAUUUUUCUAUGCACAACUUUUCUACCAGCAAUUUUGCUCCAAUUUAUAAUCAUAGUAAUUUUUCUAAAACGUAAUUUGACUGGGGAGGUACUUUAGAAUGGUCAUUUUUUGAUUUUCUCACUAGUUUUCCCAAUAUAUGGGAAAUCCGGGGAAAAGUCAAGAGAAAAUCAUAUGAAAACGGGAAAAUAGGUACAAUAUUGAACAAAUACUUUUAAAGAAAAUAUAUAUUGCCUAUGUAUUUAUUUUACCAUGAUAUAACUUAUAUUUUGUUGAGAAUGCAAUUACACUAUCAACUAAACUCUGCUCAAAAUCUUUUUUUUCGUUAACAAUGGUUGCUAACAAAUAUUCAUUUAAUUACCUAUAACAGUAACUGCACCCGUCCUCCCCUUUAUCCUAAGACAGCUUUUUUAUUUUUUCAUUAACUAUAGACGAUAUGACAAUACCAGAGACACAUUGUGAUGUUCUAGCAGGUCAGUAAAAAUUAAAUUAAUUUUUGUAAUUCAUCAUUGUUUUUUUUUUUAUUAUUAUAAAAAUAAAUAGUACAAUAUGAUAGUACGUGUUCCUUUAUUACUUACUCAUACCUAAACAGGUACUGGCUACUAUUCCAAUUAUAAUUUAUAUUCUAUAACUGCUUUAUAUAAAUAUAAGGUAGCUAACCAAAGUAUUAAGUAGGUAUAAUGUAGACAAUACAGGUAAUAUAUGAUUUAUAAAUAAUUUAAAUAUUGUGUUUAAUGUUUUUUUUUUUUUAUUUCAGGGGAACUUUCUAAUAAUCCUCAAUACUUCGAAAAAUAUAAAUCAGGUAAGUUCAUUCUACAACAGUCUUGAAUCAUGGCGACUCUAGUAUACCUAGUAUACAUACGCAAAAGAUUAAAAUAUGAAACCGUAAUUUAAUGUAAUUAUGUACACAAAACAUAUAACUUAUCUAAUUGUUUGAAUUUAAAAAGUGUAUAUAGUUAAAAAUUUAAAAAAUAUAUUUAAUUAUUUUGUUUUAUACCUAUAUAAAAUUGUAACCAUGUUUACUGUGACGUAGAUACUCAUAUACAUUUGAUCUAAUGAGUUAAACUAGAUAAAUUAGGUUUUCAAUGGCAUACCAAGUCAAGUCAAUGUCGGCGUUUGGUAUUAUGAGGCCUUCUACGAGGCCUAAAUCAUAGGUGCUCAGUGGGAAAAGGGAGGCAUAUGCCACCUGACUUUUUGGAAUUAAAUAAAGGCAUAUAUGUAGCGAUCGUGUGAAAAAAGUUACCAUUUUAAACCUGUUAUUCCCUAUACAAAUUCUACAAAGUGUUUAUGCCUAUGUAUUUUAUAAUAAGGGCUAUGAAUUUAUAGAAGUGCAUUUUAAGAUUCUGAGUGAAGCAAAAAAGCAUAUGAUUAUACAAAGAUGUUUAUUUUUUUUUUUAAUCUGUGCGCAACUUUUCUACCAGAAGACUUGCUCGGAUUUUUUAGUGUUGCACCUUUUCUGAAAGGAAAUCGGUGUGGGGAGGUACUUUAUGGAAGUCAAUUUUCUCAGGGGAUUUCUCAUCAGAUUUGAAAAACCGAAAAAAAUGUAGGAAAACCGAGAAAAACGUAGAAAAACCGGGUUAAUCGGUACAACAUUAAACAAAUAUUAUUAAAGGAAAUAUAUAAAGCCUAUUUAAUAAUUUUACUAUAAAAUGACAUAUAUAUUGUUGACAAAGCAUCAACUAUCUCCGCUCAAAUCGUUUUUUCGUAAGCAAUGGUUUAUUAUUGCUUACAGGUAUACAUUAAAUUAACAAUGGCUGCACCCGUCCCCAUUAUCCUAGGACGUCUUUUUAUUUUUAGCUGAUUAUGUAACGCAGCUUAAUAACUUAGCUAAAUACUAUAUAACAACAAAUUCAUAUAUGAAACUUUUAUUUUGCAUUUUUUGGACUUUUUAUUUAGUCAUAUUUUCCUUUAUUAGUUCAUUUUCCGGUAUUUUUAAUCAGAUUCCAGCAAUUACCAUCUUUACAUAACAUUUUUUUUAUUUUACAUUCAAUUCUCGUCUACAUUACAACAAAUUUUGGACUUAUACCACAUGCAAUUACACAAUUAGAAAGAGGUAUUUUUUAUUUUUUUAUUUUUGUUUCAAGUAUUUGCUGUAUUUAGAUAUUAAUUUUUUUUAGGCAAAACCUUGGCAAAAAGUAUAAGUUUUAGAAGCAAAACAAAAGUUAAAGGAAGCUAAUGGUGAAGUAGCGAAAUAGAUUUUAGAAAAGUGCAAUCGUGUUUUUUCAAAGAAUAAUGGAUGAGCAGAACUUCAAAAAGUCAAUAGUAUUCAUAAUAGCACUACACUAAAUUUAAAUGUGGAACAGUAUGAUUCAAAUGAUUUAGUUUAUAUGAAAUGUGCACCGAUUACAUCGGUUGACGUGAAAAGGUCUUUUUCUAUGUACAAAAAUAUAUUAGCAUCCAAUAGAAUGAGUUUUAAUGAAAGUAACUUGACUAAAUAUAUGGUAGGAAAUUCCUUUUUUAAUAUUUAAUUUUAUGUGUAAUUAAAAUUUGUAUUUUUAGAAUUAAAUUAAUAAAUGCUCUUUUUGCUUUUUUAGCUACUUAAAAUGCUUUUUUAAGGAUUUAUUUUGCUACAAAAUCCGAGCCCUAUUGAUAAGCAACGAGUUUCGUUAUCUAGUUAUGUACUCUAUCGGCAGCAGUUCUCAACCGCUGGCUAUCUUUAAUUAAAUUAUUACGAAAUAUACUAUUUAUACAAUUACAGUCCACUAAAUAUAAGCGUUUUUUAAGUCGCUAGACUGCCCACGUCCCAACAAAAUUUAUUAAGAAAAAUAUAAGACACAAACAAGUUUAAAAAGACGUCCUAGGAUAAUAGGGACGUGUGAAGCCACUGUUAUACAUAAUUUAAUGUAUACCUGCAAGCAACGAUAAAUCAAUGCUUACGAAAAAAUGAUUCUGAGAGGUGUUCAGUUAAUAGUGAUGCUUUUUUAACAAUAUGUAUGCCAUAUUAUAGUAAAAUAAUUAAGCAGGUUUUUAGAGAAAUUGCUAUCAUUAAUAAGUUGAAGCGAAAUUGCUGGUAGAAAAAUUGUUCACAGAGAAAAAAAUCAUCUUUUAAAACCAUAAGCUUCUUCGCUCUACUUAGAAUCAACUACAACUACUCCUCUACACUAUUGUGUCAUUUAAUAAUGAAUAAGUCACAAUUUAUUAGGUAAUAAUUAACUAGCCUAAGCAUGUUUUGAUAUUCAGUUUCCUGUCAAUCACAAGACACGAAAAUUGAAUAAUAAUUAUGAAUUUAUUAAAAUUAAUAACAUUACAUUUUUAAAUUUAGUUUGCUUAAGUAAGUUAAUUGCAAUUAAAUAAACUAUAUACUUAAUAACCAGUCCAGUGGCGUAGCCAGUAGGGAGGAACUUUAGUUGUUGUAACCCCCCUCCUCAUCCUUUGCUAUUUUUUUUUUAUCUAUAAGUUAGGUUAAGCAAUUUGUCAUCUACUCAUUCAACCCCUUAGACCUUCCGAAAAAAACCCCUCAAUGAUAUAUCCUGGCUACAUGACUAAUAACUAUCUAGGUAGGUAUCUAUAACUUAUAUUAUUUCAAUUUAGAUGAAAUAUUAGCAAAAGGAUUCAAUCGUAAGUAACAACUAAUGAAGAAAUAAAUAAAUAACAGGAAAUAUUACUAAUCCAUCAUCUGAUAAUGAAAAAUUAAGCAAAUGACUAUCACACGUGAUAGGACUGUCCUAGUUUUUGCUACACGAUAGAUGUACAUGGCAAUCAUUUGCUAAUUUUAAUUACUAAAUGACCACUCGCGAUAGAACGAAGGAACAAAACUCAUAUUAUAUUUUUAUAUUAUUUAGGUACCGAUGGAAACCAAUGUUUUGAAUUGGCUUUUAAGUUUAGAAGUACGUAUAAUAAAUAGAAAAUAAUACAAUAACUACGUAAGUAAUAUAGUAGUUUUAUUUAAAGUUAAAAUUCCAUCCAAAAUCGUAAAAACGAAAUUUUAAACUAUAUUUAACUGAACUUUGCUUAGAAUCAUUUUUUAUUAGCAAUAGUUUAUUACUGAGUACAGAUAUAAAUUAAAUAAUUAGUUUUAUCCUAGCUUCCCGACCUACCUCAGUGGCACACUUAUCUGUCUAUUAUCACAUCUUAUAUUCCUUUGUUAAUUGUGUACCAACUCUUAAUAUUUAUAUUUAGAAGUAAAAUCAAUGGCUAAAACAAGUAAGUUAAUUUAACUAGAUAUUAAAAAUAAAAAAUAUAUAACACGGAGUCCUCAAUAUAAACUUAUUAAUCAGAAUUGAUUAAAAAUGUAUCAAUGAAUUUCGAAUGUUACUGGAAAACAACCACUCCGAAAUCAAAUUAAUAUAAAUCCAUAUUAAAUUAUUUGUAUAGGUUUUUUGUGGGAUUUUUGCGUUUCUUUAAUCCCUAAUGAACAAUUUGAAAGUAAGUAUACACAAUUUAUAUCUUAAAUUACCUAUGAGAAAAUGUCACCAGUGCACCACGUCUUUUUAAAUUAGCGUAUGAUUGCUAAUAAAAACUUACUACUUAUUUAUAUAGAAUAAUAAAUAAUUGUAUACUGUGAUCAAUAUAUCAUUGUAAAUAUAGAUAAUAUUAUAAUGUGGUUUCUAUAAUGAAUAGUUAUAACACCCAAGUAUAUUUUAUAAUUUCAGUACUUUAAUAAAAAUGAACAUAUUAAUUAAUAUUUUUUUUUUACCUUAGUAUGCAUGAUCAUCAUUUUAGAUUCUUAGCGAAGCGAGGAAUGUAUUAGUUUUAUGAUGAUGUACAUUUUAAACUCGGAGCGUAGCGUAGGGUUAUUAGUUUUACGAUAAAUGUGCUUUUUUUUUUUGUCUGAAAACAUCUUUUUGAAAAGAAAUUUUGUUCCGAUGCAUAGCACAUUUUUUGAAAGAAAAUGUGUAGCCAGGCAUUAUAUGAAUGCUGACAUAACCCUAAUAGCAGUUAUUUUUUUAAUUUUAUAAGGAGUUUUCGAAAUAAUCAGGCAAAACCCGAAGGAAAAUUAUAGGUUAAUUGGCCAAUAUUUACAGCAUUCUGCGGCGUUACCGUUUUCAUUGAUUUUAACAUUGAGUUUAAACAAUGUUUUCCACCAGAAAUAUUAGAAAAACAACAAAUAUCUUUUAUGGUAAAUUGUUUAACUAGUGAGUGAGUAAGAAAGUUGUUUUCUGAUUUUCUCUGUAGUUUAUUUAAAAAUGUAGCAAAACCGAAAAAUACAUAGAAAUUACGUGAAAUUUUACGAAAAUAAUUCUGUUAUUAUUUUAAAUUUUGUUUUUGUAAUGUAAUUUAGUUUAAAAUAUUCAUAAGGACUUGCAAUUUUGACGGUACACUUAAAUUUGUUAUUCUAGACGUGAUAAAAUGUUCAAAAUAUUUGAGCCAUUUCUGAACUAUUUAUAGACACUUUAAUUUUGCUAGUUCUUUAUAUAAUUUUUAUUCAGUAGGUAUUCUAUGGAUAAUGUUGUUAGACUAAACAGAACAAUUGAUAAUUUGACAAUUUGACAGGAUGUUAAUUACAACUCGUACUUGGUUGGCAAAAAAAAAAAAAAUUAAGUGUAAUAAUGUAUUUUUAAUAAGAGUUUAAAAUCAUAAUAAUAAUAAUCGUAAAUAUUACUGCCUUUUAAAAUAUGGAUAACUGACUUCACUUCGAAUCUUUUUUCGUUACCAAUGGUUAAUCGUUGCUUACAGGUGUAAAUUAAAUAAAUUUGUAUAUCCUAUAUCUUCCCUAUUUCCAACCAACAAUAGUGGAGCACCAGUGACUAAAACUUACAUACCUUAUCAAUAUAUAGACAUAUUGAUAAAUUAAUUAAAUUUUUAACUUCUCAUAAAAUGAUUUAUAAGUGACUAUUAUUAUCUAUACGUACUACUACAUUAUUAUUUUGAUGAUUAUACAUAAAUAUCAUAUAUUUUUAAAUAUCAAUAAUAACAAUAUUAAUUUUAAAUGCUAUAGAAUAUAGAUUUACGUAUUUAUCUGUGACUUAGUGCAAGAAGGACCAAAGUAAAAAAGACGGGCAUACAUCACACUACGGGUAGGCUACUGUUAUAAAUAAGAAGUUGAAAAGGUAGGAAAUAAAGAAGAAUUUAAUUUGUAUCUAUAAGCAAAAACAAACCAUUGCUAAUGAAAAAUGAUACGGAGCGAAGUUCAGUUAUACGAGUACAUGUUUUCAGAGUAAUAUUUAUGGUUUUUGUCAAAAUUCUAUAUUAAAAUUCUUAAAAAAAAAAAUAAUACUGCAUUAAAUUCUAUUUAUUUUUUUUUACUACAAAGUAAAACUUAUAAUGAACCUCCUAAAAAUAUUUAAUUUUCAAACAUUUUUGUUUAGCCUUACGAUUGUAUUCAUAGAACACCUACCAAAUAUAAAUUACGUAGAAACUCACAAAAUUAAAAUGUCUCCUAUAAGUCUAAUAGCUCAAAAAUGGUUAAAAUAUUUUUUAAAUUACUAGAAAAGGCAAUAUUUAGAUAACUAUCUGUCAAAAUGUCAAGUCUACAUAUAUUUUUUUAAUGAAUUACAACAAAAAAAGGAUGCGGGCAUACUACACAGUUCGCACGACAUUUGAGUCAAAGUUGUAGGUGAGAUGUUGGGAAGGUAGGAUACAGAGAGGAAUUUAAUUUAUACCUGUACUCAACGAUAAAACAUUGCGAAAUACAAUUUGAAACAAAGUUUCUUUUAUACAUGCAAAUUAAUUUUCUAGUACUUCCUACGGCUUUUUUUUUUAUUAAUUAUAAAAAAAACUACAUGGAAAAUAAAAGACGUCUUUCUUACUUGUCAACUAGAUUAAAAAUUCAACAAUGAUCGUUUUUUUAUCAGAGCAAUAUAAGAAAAAAUAUGCCGUAAAAUAAAGAAUCGUGACGCCGUAAAUUUAUCAUUACAAUUUAUCAUAUCAUUACAAUUGUUUAUUUUUCUUUAUUUUUUUGAUUUUUUUCCAACUAUAAUCAAAACCGCAUGGGAAAUCAAAAGAUGACCUUAAAGUACCAACUACUUAAAAUUUCCUAUCAGAAAAAAUGCUAGACUUAAUACAUUGGAACAAUAUUUCUAGUAGAAAUGUACACAGUAUAGGACAAAUAAACAAAAUGGUAAAACCAAUACUACCAAGCCACAAAUACAUGGGAGAUUGUAAACUGCGGUAAAAACAAAUUUAACAAUACAUAAACUGCGGCAAAAUCGAUAAUAUAUAUUAUAUAAACUGCGGCAUUUUAUAUUGUAUGCUUUUUAGUUGUGUACUAUAAUUUUAGCUAUAUUAUAAGUUUAGUUAAAUAAUAAUGUUUUUUCUAUUCCAUAGAAUUUUAAAAUCUCUUUUUUUGUGUUUACCCAGGUACUUAAAGAAACUCCAAUUGACUAUGUACGCACCAAAAAAAUAAAAUAAAAAUGUGUGUCGUUACUCAGUUUUGACGGGAUACACCAUCGACCCAUAAGAAUACGUACAUGUUACAAGAUAGCGUACAAACGUUAUAGAUUAUUGAUCAUCUGUGCCAUUCUAUAUGGCCGUUUACGUUUUUGUAAUAAAAAAUUAUUUUUCCUAUGUAUAGCGAAAAAAACGAACAUUAUAGCAUGCGUAGCUUUCUGUGUGGCCGCAGCUUUAUCGAUAUGUAUAUAAUAUAAUAUAUACCCAAUAAGUAUAUGAAAUAAAUUGCUGCAAUUUAUAUUUAUUAUAUCUUAUUAGUUUUUCCGCAGUUUGUAAAAUGUUAAAUUUGUUUUUGCCGCAGUUUACAUAUUGUGUUUUAGAAAAAGGGAAAUUUUCUCGUAGUUUACAUACAGCCAAAUACAUAUUUUUUUUUCAUUUCAUUUUGGGUUAUAAUCAGAAUGUAUUUGGAUAAAACUGAAUUUAUUAAAUUGUAUCCAAUAAUAAUAUCAAUGCAUAUCAAAUAAAAUACAAUAUAAUUUUUGAAGAUCUAAUAUUUGAAUAGGUUUACACGAAGCACUAGACAUAUACCAUUGGUGUGAAAAUGAAAAUCUAAUCAACAAAUGAAACAUAUAUAAUUCAAUGGCAAAAUUUAUAUUUCAAUGCGGGAAAUUCAAAAAAAAUUAGUUACCUAAUUAAGUUAUGUUUAUUAUUUAUUUUGUUUCUAAAUCGUUAUGUUAUAAUUUAAAUAAUAU